AUGGCCCUUCUCGCCAUAGGCCUCCAUGCCGCCUUUGCCUCCGCGGCAACCUUCGUCAUGUGGCUGUAUCGCUCUUUCGUCCGGCCGGGAAGGGAUCUAGGCCGGCGCUAUGGCGCGUGGGCGGUGGUCACCGGCGCCACGGACGGCAUCGGUCGGGGCAUGGCCCUCGAGCUUGCGCGCCAGGGCCUACACCUGGUCUUGAUCGGGCGGAAUCCCGUGAAGCUCUCCCGUGUCGGCGACGAGGUCCAGAAGGCCGCGCCAUCCUGCAAGGUUAGGAGCGUGGUGUUCGACCUCGCCGGGGACGCGCCGAAAAUGUCUCGCGGUGUCGCGAGGGUGGCCGCGGCCGUGGAGGGGCUGGACGUGGGGAUCCUGGUGAACAACGCCGGCGCGACGUACCCUGGCGCGGCCUACUUCCACGAGGUGGAGACUCCAGUCUGGGAGGCGGUGGUGCGGGUGAACGUAGAGGCGGCCACGCGGAUCGCUGGCGUCGUCGUGCCCGCUAUGGCGAUGAAACGGAGGGGCGCCGUAGUCAACGUGGGGUCCGGAUCGUCGGUCGUGCUGCCGGCGUUCCCGCUAUACGCUGUGUACGCAGCAAGCAAGGCUGCAACCUUUGAGUCAACACUUAUGGAGCCGCUCGACGGCAACUUCUUGAUUUCAACUGCCAAAGAAGACAGGGAAAGUCGUACUAUUGCACCGUCCUUUAAAUGCCGAUGGUUCUACGUCGUACUCUGUUGUUGCAGUGUGCUUUGUUACAUGAAUAGAAAUUGUGGACGGUAUAUCGAUCAAUUUUCUCGAAGUCUAAGCAUUGAAUACAAACAAUAUGAAGUGGAUUUGCAGUGCCAGAUUCCCUUGUAUGUGGCCACCAAGAUGUCCCGAGUUGGCAACUCGUUGUUCAUACCAUCGCCGGAGGAGUAUGCCAAAGCCGCUGUUCGGUGCAUAGGUUAUGAGGCAGGAUGUGUCCCCUACUGGCGCCACUCGAUCCAGUGCUUUUUCGCGUCUCUGCUCCCAGAUUUGGCUCUUAAUGCUUGGCGUCUUCGAGUUGGCAUCCGGAAGAGACGGGAGAUGAAAGCUCCAUUGGGAGAGGAUGGCAGCUGA